CGCAACACUUCGCGCGAAACUUAAUCGAGGAAGCUAAAGAAAGAAAACGGACUCGUUUGGAAAAAUGAGCAAAAAAGAUAAUGGAGCGUCAGUCAUCCUGUCCUACUUAAACGAGAAGAACCGUCCCUACAGCGCCCAGGAUGUCUUCUGUAACUUACAAAAGCAGCAUGGUUUGGGCAAAACGGCGGUGGUCAAAGCCAUGGAGCUGCUGGCUCUGGAGGGCAAAAUAAAGGAGAAGGCGUAUGGCAAGCAAAAGAUUUACUUUGCUGAUCAGGCUCAAUUCGAAGACGUGAAUGAUGCAGACCUGAAGGCAAUGGACGCUCAGAUCUCAGAGCUCAGUGCAGAGGUGCAGUCCCUCACACAGAGCUGCAGAGAGCUAGAUGCAGAGCUGAAGGAGCUGAACAGCUCCCUUACAACAGAGGAAAUGAUGACAGAGAUCGAACAGCUGAAAGCCGAGUGUUCUGGGUACAAGGCUCGUUUGGAGAAGAUAAAAUCUGCUACAAACCAUGUCACACCCGAAGAGAAGGAGAAGGUAUAUAAAGAGAGAGAUGUUUAUGCGAAAGAGUGGAAAAAGAGGAAGAGAUUGGCUUCAGACAUGAUAAAUGCAAUCCUGGAGGGAUAUCCAAAGAGCAAAAAGGAGUUUCUGGAUGAAGUUGGAGUGGAGACUGAUGAGGACUGUAAGGUGGUUUUUCCAACUACCUGAUACAUUGGUUGUACAGCUACUUCGUAAAUGUAAGCCUGUGCAGUGCAUUAAUGAGAAAAUGGAUUACACAUGAGAACAGUCAGAGCCACUGUGCACACUUUAUUUAUGGCCUUAUUUGGAAUAAAUAUUACAGCUUUAAUAAAUGUUGAAUUGAAAGAAAAAAAAA